AUGGCUAGCAUCAGGGUAGCCCGAGAGAUUCAGGAUAGCUUUCUAACGUGUGCUAUAUGUUUUCAAACGUUCGUUAAACCGAAAGCCUUACCAUGCCUUCACACAUUCUGUGAGGGCUGUCUGCGGGAUUAUAUUGUUAGUCGAUAUGAAAACACAGGACAGUUCCCAUGUCCGGUAUGCAGACAGGUGAUCUACACCCCUUACAAUGGCGUAGUUGACUUCCCAGAUAACCAUUUCAUCAAGAGUCUUCGGGACACAGUGGAGGAAGACGGGGAGCUCAAACGUUUCGUUGAAUCAACCGAGGUCACAGAAGGUAACUUCACGGUGGAUACACCAAACUCCGCGAAGGAACCUCUCUUGGGCGCUUCGAAUCAUCAUGUGUCAUACGGUAAGAAGCGUCAGGCUGAAUUCGUGAGAAGUUUCGGAAGUUUUGGAAUGGAAGCUGAACAGUUUGUUCAGAUUUCGGGACUGGCGUUGUCAACUCUUACAGACGAUAUACUCGUAGCAGACUGCAGUUUGAACAAGGUUCUUGUGUAUUCCUUCUGCGGCGAUUAUCGUGGCGGAUUUGUCUGCGACUGCUCUAUACGAGACAUAUCUGUCACGAGAUCUGGUUCCAUACUUGCGUCGGUUAGCAGGGCAGGCUCUGCCAUACUUCGAGAGUAUGGGUUUGACGGUAGACUGAUGGCAUCCUAUGGGUCUUACCACAAGUACGAAAACCCAUUCGGAGUUAAAGUGGCAAGAACAGGAAAAGUACUUAUAACCAGUUUACAAUUUAAUACGAUCAACGUUUUUACGGAUAGGAAACGACCUUCGAUCAAAUUUGGCUCUCGCGGAAAAGGACCAAACCAUUUCCUGCUUCCCUAUUAUGUGACAGUAAAUGGGCGGGACGAUAUCAUCGUAUCGGAUAGCGGAAAUCAUAGAAUCAAAGUCCAUAAAAACGACGGAACAAUAAUCCAUAGUUUUGGGACACAAGGGUCCAAAGAAGGCGAACUGUUUUACCCUAUGGGUGUGUGUACGGACAGAAACGACAAUAUCUAUGUUGCCGAUGCGAACAAUUUCCGCGUGCAAAUGUUCUCGCGGGAAGGCCGGUACUUGGCGACUCCUGUUGCCAAUACCUACAAAUUGGGUGUAGACGUAAAACCGAUCAAUGUUCUCUGUGUUAAAGAUAAACUUUUCGUGAGUUUUCGUGGUACGAAGUUUGCUGAAGUACAUAUCUAUCAUUGGGAUGUGUCCGGGUAUAAAGCCCCGGUUAAGAAAAAGAAAAAAUCGGUAUUUACGUCUUGUUGUGGUUGUCUUGAGGAUGAAACACAAUCUAACGAAGGUGGCUAUGGCAGCAGCUGGGCUUAG